AUGAGAGUGGUGGUGGUGGGUGUGGGCGUCAGUGGGCUGACCACCACCAAGUGCUGCCUGGAUGAAGGGCUGAAGCCCACCUGCUUCAAGCAGAGCCGGGACAUCGGGGGUCUCCGGCGCUACACGGAGCACAUGGAGGCUGGCAGGCCAAGCCUCUACCCCUCAGUCAUCAGCAACACCUCAAAGGAGAUGUCGGUGUUCUCUGACUUCCCCUACCCUGAGGAUUCCCCGGUGUUCCUGCCCAACGCCCGGCUCCUGGACUACCUCCGGCACUAUGUCGAGCACUUCGGCCUCUGGGACCACACCAGGUUUGGGACCACUGUUGUCAGCAUCCGAAAACGCCCCGGCUUUGCCACCAUGGGCCGGUGGGAUGUGGUAGAGGCAGAUGGGAAGCAGACAUCGCACGUCUUCGAUGCUGUUAGGGUUUGCAGCGGCAAUUUCUCCGAGCCGUCCCUCCCCCUGCACCGUUUUCCUGGCAUUGAGAAGUUUCAAGGCCAGUACUUCCACAGCCGGCAGUACAAGCUUCCCGACAUGUUUCAGGGGAAGCAUGUCCUUGUAGUCAGCAUGGGCAACUUGGGAGUGGACAUCGCGGUGGAGGCCAGCCAUGUAGCCAUGAAGGUGACAGUUUGCACUGGCCGAGGCCCCUGAGUGCUCAGCCGCGUGUUUGACCACGGUUACCCAUGGGACACGGUUUUCAACACUCGCCUUAUAAGUUUGAUCAGAAACAGCCUCCCUGGACCCCUUUCACGGGGGUUAAUUAACUACAGGGUGAACCAGUGGUUCAAGCAUGAAAACUAUGGCCUCCAACCAGAGAAGAGCUGCUUGGUGCGCGAGCCUGUGCUGAACAAUGACCUUCCAAGCUACAUCCUGACAGGGAGGAUCACCAUAAAGCCAGGCGUGAAGGAGUUCAAGGACAACUCUGUUGUCUUCCACAAUUGCCCUGAGGAGGAAUCCACCGAUAUCAUCGUCUACUGCACAGGCUACAACAUCUCCUUCCUGUUCCUAGAAGAAGCAGUUGUCAAAGUGGAAAACAAGCACACGUCCCUCUACAAAUACAUGUUCCCAACCCACCUGCCGAGGCCCACCCUGGCCAUCCUUGGGCUGAUCAAGCCAUUCGGAGCCAUCAUGCCUGUGACGGAGAUGCAAGCACGCCGGGUGACCCGUGUCUUCAAAGGCUUGUGCCGGUUGCCUCCUCAGUCUGUCACGGAGAAGGAAGUCAAUGAGAAGAAGAAAAACCAAGUGCGAUGGUUCCGUCUGUCCUUUGAUGAAGUCCUCAAAACUGGUUGCCUGGUCUGCAUGGACAAGCUCGCCUCCUAUGGCGCCAAGCCCAGCCUGCUGGGGCUGCUCUGCAGAGACCCCCGGCCGGCCCUCAGCAUUUUCUUUGGCCCCUGCACUCCCUACGAGUACUGACUGGGGGGUCCUGGGGGCUGGGAGGGGGCACGCCAGGCCGUCCUCACCCAGUGGGACUGGACCCUGACGCCCACGAGAAUGCGAGUCCCUGACGGCUUCUCCAGCCCCUGCCCUUCUCUCCUGACUGUGAUGGGUUUCCUCCUGCUCCUGGCUGCUUUGGUUUUUGGUUUCCAGUAG